CCCAAAAUGCAACGCGUAUCUUGAGCCUACUGCGCAUGCUCAUUUCGAUCACCGAUUUUGUAAUAUCUACGUUCUUUUCCAAAUGUAGUCGUUCAGGUUGCAAUAAUGCAGCUAGAUAUGAACGGUACUUUAUCCGUCCAUGAUUUUGGCACUGCAAACUGACGUUGAUAUUUUUGCAGGUGGCGAGACCGCAUCACUCAGCAACGAGGGGUUUCUUUUCCUUCGCCGCAGUAGCUAGUUAGGUAUCCUCCACCCAUGUUGAAGCAAGGAAUUAUGUUGUAACGUUAUUUCUGUGGCAAACAACAGUUGUAAACUGUCUGUCAGUCUGGUGAAUGAGUUAAUGGACUGAACGGUAAAGCGAAUUGGGGAGUUAACGUAGCUGGCAACAACUUUGACUUUGUAACGUGUUAGCUAACUAGAAGCUAGCUGGCUAGUUAGCCCUGACAAGACAAACAUGUGGCAAAGCGUUGGUCUAACUGUGCUUGUUAUUGUGGCCACCCUCGUGUGCGCGUUGCUCUUCAUGGUGUUUGGUUGGUAUGUUGUCUGGCAGCUCUUCCUGUCCAAGUUCAAGUUCCUGCGUGAGAUGUUGGGCGACACCGGAUCUCCACAGACAGAGACCCAGCCGUCCGAAUCAAAGAGCAAGCGUACCUCUCCUCCAACCCAACGCCAGAGGCUCAAGACUGCCCGCCAGAGGGUCAUUCCUCCUGAAAGCACUGCAUAGAUAACCACACCCAUCCGCUUUCAGUCUCACCCUGUCACCCUAUUCACCAACCCUCGUCCCUCUAGGAAACCGUGGUGAACAAAAUGAAACCCCUUACUAAAUGGCAUGAUGUCAAAUGUCAUACUAUUCCCAUGUUCAUGCAUACUACUCCCUUUUCCACUACCUUAUGAUGUCCUCUUAGUAGACACUUGAUACUCUACUUUUCUCUCCUGGACACUCUUACUAGACUACACAUAGCUGCUGAUGUUAUAAAGGCACAAGCCAUCAAAUCAUGGGACAUUGUGUACCACUUGUUCACGUUUCAAAUUUGUAUUUUAGCUGUUCACAGUAUAUGUACUGAGCAGCACGUCCAGUCUCUUCACCUGGCCUUAACUGACACUGCAACAUGGUCAGCUCUGACUGGCUGACACUGCAAUAUGGUCAGCUCCCACUGGCUGUCAUGCUGCUAACACCUGCACAGGGAAUCGCUGCUAACACCUGCACAGGGAAUCUGUUUCUCCAUGAUCACACAAGUGAAUUCUCUGUCAUGACUGUGUAUGUGUGUGUUUUGAGAGUUUGAUUAUUUGAACAUACAUGUUUUUAUAGCAAAGCCUAUAUUCUGACAAAUCUAGACAUUGUUGUAUAAAACAGGCUCAUUUGUUAGCAUUUGCUUUCAGAAGCAAAACAACUGCUAGAAGGAAAAAACCCCAUAAUGAAACAAUUUGUUUAACUGACGAAGUUCCUCGUGUUCAUUCAACUUUAUUUGUAACCAAAGUGCAAUGAAAGAUAUGUUUAUUUUUUGUGGUUAUUUUAUUGUUGGUCAGUAAUUAAUAUGUAUACAGUGCAUUCAGAAAGUAUUCAGACCCCUUGACUUUUUCCACAUUUUGUUACGUUACAGCAUUUUUCUAAAAUUGGCAAUUUUUUUUUUUGCCCUCAAGGGGAAAUACAGAUCCCCCGACACUUUCCUGUCUCGGAGCUCUACGGACGAUUCCUUUGACCUCAUGGCUUGGUUUUUGCUCUGACAUGCACUGUCAACUGUGGGACCUUAUAUAGACAGGUGUGUGCCUUUCCAAAUCAUGUCCAAUCAAUUGAAUUUACCACAGGUGGACUCCCAAGUUGUAGAAACAUCUCAAGGAUAAUCAAUGGAAACAGGAUGCCCCUGAGCUCAAUUUUGAGUCUCAUAGCGAAGGGUCUGAAUACUUAUGUAAAUAAGGUACUUCUGUUUUUUUUUCUUAAAUCAAUCUGCAAAAAUGUCUAAAUACCAGUUUUUGCUUUGUCAUUAUGGGGUAUGGUGUGUAGAUGAGGAUUUAAAAAAAAAUGUAAUCCAUUUUAGUAUAAGGCUGUAACAAAAUGUUAAGUCAAGUUGUCUGAGUACUUUCCAAAUGCACUAUAACGGUUGUUACGGAAUGGUGGGGUUACAAUAACACAACGAAGACGAUUUCCAGGCAUCCAGGCCCCUUAUGUACAGUUGAAGUUGGAAGUUUACAUACACCUUAACCAAAUACAUUUAAACUCAGUUUUUCACAAUUCCUGACAUUUAAUCCUAGUAAAAAUUCCCUGUCUUAGGUCAGUUAGGAUCACCACUUUAUUUUAAGAAUGAAAUGUCAGAAUAAUAGUAGAGAGAAUGGUUUAUUUCAGCUUUUAUUUCUUUCAUCACAUUCCCAGUGGGUCAUAAGCUUACAUACACUCAAUUAGUAUUUGGUAGCAUUGCCUUUAAAUAGUUUAACUGGGUCAAAUGUUUUGGGUAGCCUUCCUCAAGCAUCCCACAAUAAGGGGUGAAUUUUGGCCCUUUCCACCUGACAGAGCUGGUGUAACUGAGUCAGGUUUGUAGACCUCCUUGCUCGCACACGCUUUUUCAGUUCUGCCCACAAAUUUUCUAUAGGAUUGAGGUCAGGGCUUUGUGAUGAUCACUCCAAUACCUUGACUUUGUUGUCCUUAAGCCAUUUUGCCACAACUUUGGAAGUAUGCUUGGGGUCAUUGUCAAUUUGGAAGACCCCUUUGCGACCAAGCUUUAACUUCCUGACUGAUGUCUUGAGAUGUUGCUUCAAUAUAUCCACAUCAUUUUCCUACCUCGUGAUGCCAUGUAUUUUGUGAAGUGCUGCCACCCCGUGAUUCCCGGUCGGGAUGGUGUUCUUCGGCUUGCAAGCGUCCCCCUUUUUCCUCCAAACAUAACGAUGGUCGUUAUGGCCAAACAGUUAUAUUUUUGUUUCAUCAGACCAGGGGACAUUUCUCCAAAAAGGACAAUCUUUGUCCCCAUGUGCAGUUGCAAACCGUAGUCUGGCUUUUUUUAUGGCGGUUUUGGAGCAGUGGCUUCUUCCUUGCUGAGCAGUCUUUCAGGUUAUGUCGAUAUAGGACUCGUUUUACUGUGGAUAUAGAUACUUUUGCAUCUGUUUCCUCCAGCAUCUUCACAUGGUCCUUUGCUGUUGUUCUGGGAUUGAUUUGCACUUUUUGCACCAAAGUACGUUCAUCUCUAGGAGACAGAAUGCGUCUCCUUCCUGAGCGGUAUGACGGCUGCAUGGUGUUUAUACUUGCGAACUAUUGUUUGUACAGAUGAAAGUUGUACCUUCAGGUGUUUGGAAAUUGCUCUCAAGGAUGAACCAGAUUUUUUCUGAUGUCUUGGCUGAUUUAUUUUGAUUUUCCCACGAUGUCAAGCGAAGAGGUGCCGAGUUUGAAGGUAGGCCUUGAAAUACAUCCACAGGUACACCUCCAAUUGACUCAAAUGAUGUCAAUUAGCCUAUCGGAAGCUUCUAACGCCAUGACAUCAGUUUCUGGAAUUUUUCAAGCUGUUUAAAGGCACAGUCAAUUCAGUGUAUGUAAUCUGACCCACUGGAAUUGUGAUACAGUGAAAUAAUUUGUAAACAAUUGUUGGAAAAAUUACUUGUGUCAUUCACAAAGUAGAUGUCCUAACCGAUUUGCCAAAACUAGUUUGUUAGCAAUAAUUUUGUGGAGUGGUUGAAAAAUGAGUUUUAAUGACUCCAACCUAAGUGUAUGUAAACUUCUGACUUCAACUCUAUCAAGCAUCUCAGAGUAGGAGUGGUGAUCUAGGAUCAGGCUCUGCCCUGUCCAAAUAAUCUUAUUAAUUGUGAUCAAAAAAUUUUACUGCCCCAAAGUCAGCAUUCCUACUCUGAUAUGCUUGAUCCAUACUGCCCAGGAACUCCCUAUUAAGGCAUCAAAUAAAUAGGCUAUAGCUCAUUGCUCUGGCUUGCUAGCCUACCGGUGGUGAUAACUGGGGUGUAUUCAAUAGUUACCAAAUGGAAGCGAAAAGCUGAAACUGGGAGAACCUAAACUUAUCCAAAAAUAAUAAUUUGUGUUUUCCGUUGUAAAGCAUUUCGCUAUGGUGUGCCCCAAUGACUACACCCCAUGCUAAAGGGUCGUCACUAGCUUCCGUAGUCAAAGAUGGCAUUCUUCCCUGUAGUUCAUUACAUUAUCUCUGAUCCAGCUAUAAGCCUAUAGCCGCCUGACAUUGUAAAACAUGUUAAUUAUCUAUGUAAUUGUUUAAUGUGUGAUUGUCCAAAUUUCAAGUUUGUUUUGGGCUAUUGCUGUAAUUUACAUUCAGAAUAAAUAUAUUUCUUAA